CAGAGAUCGCAGCUUCAUCUCUGAAACUGCCACCAGACCGAGUAGUCCCGGAGCAAAUAAAUGUCGCUAUUGUGUUCUCAACUCUACUGGAUCCGGAAGAAACACUCAUCGUUGAUUGAAUAGAAGGGUCCAUAUCUUGAGAGGUGACAGUGGAAGAUAGAGUGAUGCCUUCGGUGACGGGGAGAUCCACUGUCGCAGAGUCAAGUAUCAUCUCCAGGUUGAGAGUUCUGCUGAUUGCUAGUGAGCUGCGGACUUCCAGAUUUGUUAUCAGCUAAUGCCAGUAACCAGGAAAACACAGUCAUACCCACACACGAGGGAAUUCAAUUAAAGUUUGUGUGUGCUGAUGAUGAGGAAAUUGUCUUGAAAUGUUCAAGCAAUAGCUCCUGGACUCCAGACCCAUCGGAAAUCAAGGUUCGACAUAAUUUUUGAGUGAUGCAGCACACUGCAGUGCUCCGAUGCUACCGCCACAUUCACACACAGAUAAAAAAAGAAGUGUUCUCGGAACAGUGCUUAUCUACCAAUGUGACAGAGGAUAUGUACCAACUGAACUGAUGGUGUCCAAGUGCUCUUCGUCUGGAGAAUGGACACCAAAUAUCACUGCUCUAGAGUGCACCAAACAAGUCGACUGUGAAAUUCCACUUGCACCACUGGGUGGUACUCUUCACCACACUGGCACUGAAAGAGGCUCAAAGGCCCUUAUCGAAUGUAGCGGAGGUUUGGAACUACAAGGAGAUGAUGUGAAUCGUGUGGCUGUGUGUACAGCCAAUGGGACCUGGUUCCCCGAUCCUUCCACUCAGAGAUGUUUUGAAACAGAGACAUACUUUUUGAGUCCCAAAAACAAACGUGAAGAUGCUGUUUACUUGUAUCUUAUCACUGGAGGAGCUGUGUUUUUUGGUUUCGUUUCCUUUGGGGAUUUUACUUGGUUGUUUUUACUCUCAAUAUCAGAAGCGAAGAGCGAAUCACAGGAAUAAACAACUCCCUGUAUAUGAGGAGGUGAAAGUGAAAGAACCUCGGAAAGAUCAAGCACAAACUUCUACUGUUAUGAUGAUAGAAAAUGAGGCAUACUCUGUACAUAAAGUUUUGCAUCAAUGAGCAAAUGCAAACCCUCGGCGCACUGCGCAUGCGCA